AUGUCUACUCACUGCCACGAUGAACACGACCAUUCAGGGCACAACCACGGCGAUGGCGAACACGACCACACCGACGACAUAACACCCGCGCUCCAAUACUCCCUCUACCAACACAUAACGUUCGACGACAUCACCACGCUCAACGAAGCACAGCCCGAGUCUGGCAAAGCUGUUGUAAAGAAGACAUGGGCUGAGCGUAUGGAAGAGAAGCCCGAGCUCGAGAGCGAUGCAGAUGAGCAGCUACUCAUGCAUAUUCCCUUCACAGGUCAAGUCAAGCUCCAUUCAAUUCUGAUACGCACUUCAAAUUCUUCGUCCGCCCCUCAAACUCUAAAGGUCUUCAUCAACCGCGACGACCUGGAUUUCUCCACUGCCUCCGACCUUUCUCCCACGCAGCAAUUCGAGCUUUCUCAGACUUCGGAGAUUCAAGAUAUUUCUGUCAAACGGGCGUUGUUUGGAAAAGUACAAAGCUUGACGUUGUUUGUGGAGGAUAAUUAUGGAGAGGAUGUUUCUAGACUGUCGUAUCUGGGCUUCAAAGGAGAUUGGAUGCAACUUGGAAGGGCGCCGACGAAUAUUCUGUAUGAGGCGGCGGCGAAUCCGAAUGACCAUACGAUUAAAGGAACGAGUGUAAAUCAGAUGGGGAGUAGUCUUGGGGGAAGGGGUCAUGGAAUGUGA